AAUCGCAGUCACUUUCUGAGAAACUUGCGUGGACGGCGCGACAGCCGCUGCGACAGCGUGGCGAGGCGGUGAAUCCCCGAACAAGACGGAAGGAUUGAGUGGAGGGGCAGUAAGGGAAACACGGCUGCCAAGCGCAGAGAUGCCGUAUAAAACGGGGGGCAGCGUCCCUCCCUGCAUCAGUCACUCCACGCCACCGCAGCGUCCGCGAGUACCUCUUCUGUCCUCGCUUCUAACCCAGUGUGCAGCGCGCCUAACCCACUGACCAUGCAGUCCCUGUCCGCCCUGCUGCUGCUGUGCGUCGCCGCGACCCUGACGACGGCGUCGCCGAUGCCGGGCGACGGCGACACGAAGGCCUUCGGCGGCGGCAACCUGCGCUCGGGCAACGUCGGCGUCAACCACAACUUCGGCGACCGCCGGAACACCGAGAUCGGCGGCGGCGUGGGCUACGGCCCCGGGUCCGUCACGGGCAACAUCCGCGCGCAGACCGACGUGUGGCAGUCCAGGGACGGCAACUCGCGCGUGUUCGCCGGCGCCGGACGCAGCCAGGUGCUCAGCGGCCCCGGCAGAGGCCAAGGCGAAAACUCCUUCAACGUCGGCUUUCAGAGGAGGUUCUAGGUCUCCUAGUCGACCCAACAUCGCCACCCCUCAAAUUAUACCUGUAAAUUGGUCAAAAUCUACCGUCUUUCCUCAAUCUAAAGAGUUGGGUCCAUAAUGUCAAAACCGAUCGAUUAUUGAAUGUGAUAGCGAAGACAUCAUGAAGUGUAAAUACUGAUUUUGUUCACGCGAAAUAUAAAAGUUUUAUUUAUUCAUUUGAACUGA